CUCCUGCUAAGAAACCAAAGUUGGCAUCUCCACGAUCACCGUGCCAACUCCUGGGGCCACAGCCCGGGGACGCUGCGGUUCCCUUUUCUCUUCUCCGCAGCAUUUGGCACCGUCUGUCCUCUCUCCUCCUCCUUUCCUGCUCCAGGAUCCACUUCACCGUAUGUAUGUCUGCGGCUGCAGCCGCCACCUGAGAUGCUGAGGGUCUCCCUGUUCCGGGGGCUGGCGCGUCGGCUGCCCUUGGUAUGUCUUGGUUUAGAUGCUCCGGACAACGUGGCACUCACAGUUAAACUCAUCGUCUGUCCUCCUUUGCCUCAAUCCUGAUGAGCUUCGUCGACAUCCUCCAUCUUCCUUAAGACCCUGGCGCGUGACGCAAGGACGCCGGUCAUCCCACGCUCGCCCGUCUUCUUUCAUCUCCCGCAUCUAAUUGGUCAUCAGUCCUAGGCAGUGGAGCUACUGCUGUGGUCCAGGCUGCCCUUUGCAAGCCCAGGCAAGAACGUGUAGCCAUAAAGCGGAUCAACUUGGAAAAAUGCCAGACCAGUAUGGAUGAGCUAUUAAAAGAAAUUCAGGCCAUGAGUCAGUGCAGCCAUCCCAACGUAGUGACCUAUUACACCUCUUUUGUGGUAAAAGAUGAACUUUGGCUGGUCAUGAAAUUACUAAGUGGAGGUUCCAUGUUGGAUAUCAUAAAGUACAUUGUUAACCGAGGGGAACACAAGAAUGGAGUUCUGGAAGAGGCAAUAAUAGCAACAAUUCUUAAAGAGGUUUUGGAAGGCUUAGACUAUCUACACAGAAAUGGUCAGAUUCACAGGGAUUUGAAAGCUGGUAACAUUCUUCUGGGUGAGGAUGGUUCCGUACAAAUAGCAGAUUUUGGGGUAAGUGCAUUCUUAGCAACAGGGGGUGAUGUUACCCGGAAUAAAGUAAGAAAAACAUUUGUUGGCACUCCGUGUUGGAUGGCCCCUGAAGUCAUGGAACAGGUGAGAGGCUAUGACUUCAAGGCUGACAUGUGGAGUUUUGGAAUAACUGCCAUUGAAUUGGCUACAGGAGCAGCGCCUUAUCACAAGUACCCUCCUAUGAAAGUGUUAAUGUUGACUUUGCAGAAUGAUCCACCCACUUUAGAAACAGGAGUAGAGGAUAAGGAAAUGAUGAAAAAGUACGGCAAGUCCUUUAGGAAAUUACUUUCCCUGUGUCUUCAGAAAGAUCCUUCUAAAAGGCCCACAGCAGCAGAACUUUUAAAAUGCAAAUUCUUCCAGAAAGCCAAGAACAGAGAGUACCUGAUUGAAAAGCUGCUUACAAGAACACCAGACAUAGCCCAAAGAGCCAAAAAGGUGAGAAGAGUUCCUGGGUCAAGCGGUCACCUUCAUAAAACCGAGGACGGUGACUGGGAGUGGAGUGACGACGAAAUGGACGAGAAAAGUGAAGAAGGGAAGGCCGCUUUUUCUCAAGAAAAGUCCCGAAGAGUAAAAGAAGAAAAUCCAGAGAUGGCGGUGAAUGCCAGCAGUAUACCCGAGCAAAUACGGUCCCUUUCUGUGCAGGAUCCUCAGGGGCUACCCAAUGCUAGCGAAGACUACAGAGAAGCUUCUUGUGCUGUGAACCUCGUUUUAAGAUUAAGAAACUCCAGAAAGGAACUUAAUGACAUACGAUUUGAGUUUACUCCAGGAAGAGAUACAGCAGAUGGCGUAUCUCAGGAGCUCUUCUCUGCUGGCUUGGUUGAUGGUCAUGAUGUAGUUAUAGUGGCUGCUAAUUUACAGAAGAUUGUAGAUGAUCCCAAAGCUUUAAAAACACUGACAUUUAAGUUGGCUUCAGGCUGUGAUGGGUCGGAGAUUCCGGACGAAGUGAAGCUGAUCGGGUUUGCCCAGUUGAGUGUCAGCUGAUGUAUGUCCCUUGACAUCUCCCCCUGAUCUGUCAUGCCCCCACCUCACACCAUUUCCCUCGAUCUUCCUCCCCCACCCCUACUCCCUCCCCCUCACUCCCAAUUCCCACAAAAUCAGAAGAUUGUGAAGAGUCUGGCUUCAGUGACAUGGGAUAAAAAAGAAUUUUUUUAAACUUACAACACUCCGAGUUCUGCUUUAUUCUCUAGCAAUCCACAGUAUGAGAACAAGCAAAUGCCACAGCUGCACGACUGUUGCUAAUUUUUCCAAAAGCUAUUUAAUAUUCUUAGCAAUCAAUUCGGAUAUCCCUUAAGUGAAAAGAAUCUGAAAUACACUCAGGUGGUCCUAUUUAUUGGCAACAAAAGGAAUUUUUUCUAUCAGAAGCCUAUUUCUUCUUUCAUUGUUCUUUCUGUUCUACUUUAAUUGUACAUCUGACAAUACUGCCUCUUUUAUGUUGUAUUUAGAAAUUAAUAUACUUAUAAAAUUAAGAUUUAUUAGCCAAACUUGAAUUCUAGUUUUAAAACUGACUGUGAAUUUUAUUUUUCAUAUAUUUAUGCAUUACACACCUUAGCUAUAAGAAGAAAAGUUUUUGAUUAUAUGCUUCUUGCAGUUAAUCUCUUGUUAUUUAAACAAAAAAAAAUUCAGGUCUAUCUUUGGAGUAUUUAUAACUUUUGAUUUUUGAAAUGACUGAAUUAGGAACUUAGAUGCUUAUUCUUUUGGUUUGUUUGCCUAAAAACCAAUCCACAAUCUGAUUGUCUCUUGGGAGAGGGAGGUGCCUUGCAAACUUUCAUAUUAAGAAUGUGCCUGAGGCUGCUUUACUCUGGAAUAGUCUCAGAUCUAAAACUUCCUCUACAUAAAGUGGCAUAUGUAAGUUUUGCUUCAUUGGAACAUAUAGAAUGCUAUAUAAAAUGUUGCCAUUCUAUUAGACUGCUAAUUAUGUACCCAUCUCUGAUUUGACUUCUCUGUGAUAGGAUUUGUUAUUCCAAAGGUGAUAAACUUGAAGAUACCAGAAUCUGAGUUUUACUUGAAAUUCUGCAGAAUACCCAGAUGGAGUGAAAAAUAGAAAGGGUUUUUGUGCAAUGACUAAAAAAAGGUAAAAUGCUGUUAAGUUUCGAGAAUAAAUACUUUCACCCAAGUAGCCCUCUGCUUGACUAUAUAUUAAGGAAUAGUAAACCUUAGGAUUUUCAAAAUUGGAGUCUAAACUUUCAGGGAGGUGGGCUCCCAGGAUGGUACCAUUGCUCUUUCCUAGCUAACCCUAGAUAUGGCAGCUCUUUAAUGUACUUUAAAAAGCAAAUAUAUAUUACUAAGGAAAGAAAAGUUAUUUAUAAUUGCCUUGUCAUAAUUGUUAAGGUGUUCUAGAGCCAUUUGCAUACAACUUAAUGUAAUUUCAUUCCAUUCUAUUGUUUACACAACAAUUACUCAAAGAUGACUGCAAAGGUAAAAGGAAAAUAAAAGUGUAUUGCACAAAGA